ACCAUUUUCAAGAAUCAUUGAGAUGAAAAUGGAUGUCAUAUGUAUUUUCUAUUAAAUUUUAAUUUUAAAUCUUCUAUGUGUUUUAUUGAUUAUUAGAGAGAUAAUAAAAUUCGAUAAAAAAAAAUUAUCGAACAUACACGAAUGCGGUCUCUUUAUGGACUUGAGUGAAUCUUAGAUUUCAAGCAUCUAUGAUAAGUUGUGUUUGGUGGUUGUGAGUUGAUAACAUUGAAUUGUUUUGGAAAAAUAAUGAAGAAAUUUUGUAGAGGCUUAUUUUAGAUAUGUUUUCAUCUUUUAUCUAAAGUUUCGUAGAAUUUUUGUAAUUUUCUUCGAACUGAUAGAGAAUGCUGGACUCAAGUGAUUUAGACCGUCAGAUAGAACAACUUAAGAAGUGUGAAAUAAUAAAAGAAUGUGAAGUUAAAGCUCUUUGUGCAAAAGCAAGAGAAAUUUUGGUAGAAGAAAGCAAUGUUCAAAGGGUUGACUCUCCAGUAACUGUUUGUGGCGAUAUCCAUGGACAAUUUUAUGAUUUGAAAGAGCUAUUCAAGGUUGGUGGUGAUGUGCCAGAAACUAAUUAUUUGUUCAUGGGAGAUUUUGUUGACCGUGGCUUCUAUAGUGUGGAAACAUUCUUGCUUCUUCUGGCUUUAAAGGUUCGUUAUCCAGAUCGUAUUACAUUAAUUCGAGGCAACCACGAGUCACGACAAAUCACGCAGGUUUAUGGAUUUUAUGAUGAAUGUCUUCGGAAGUACGGAAGCAUUACGGUAUGGCGCUACUGUACAGAAAUCUUUGACUACCUCAGCUUGUCAGCAGUUAUUGAUGGCAAGAUUUUCUGCGUCCACGGAGGUUUGUCACCAUCGAUACAGACGUUGGAUCAGAUCCGCACAAUUGACAGGAAACAAGAAGUUCCCCACGACGGGCCGAUGUGUGAUCUGCUGUGGUCCGACCCUGAAGAUACCCAAGGUUGGGGGGUGAGUCCUCGUGGGGCUGGCUACCUGUUUGGCUCGGAUGUCGUCGCCCAAUUCAACGCUGCCAAUGACAUUGACAUGAUAUGUCGUGCUCACCAACUCGUAAUGGAAGGAUACAAAUGGCAUUUCAAUGAAACUGUAUUAACAGUGUGGUCGGCUCCCAACUACUGUUAUAGAUGUGGAAAUGUUGCAGCAAUUUUGGAGUUGAAUGAACAUUUGCAGCGUGAUUUUACAAUUUUUGAAGCAGCACCGCAAGAAAGCAGAGGAAUACCUUCAAAGAAGCCACAAGCUGAUUAUUUUCUGUGAUCUAAUUUAUGAAUACCAUUGAAGUGAAAUAUUUCUAGCAAGUGAUGAACAUAAAUAUGUUAAUGACACUGUAAACACUGUUGUAAAAACAUAAUUGUGUGUUUUAUUUUACCCAACUGUAUGUUUUGCAUUUAAAAUAAUUACUUGUGUCCUUACAAAGUUCAGUAUUUAGUUUUAGGGAUGAGUUUUGUUCUUCCAACCUCGUUUUAAAGCAGUGUAUGUAUAGUCGGUGUAUUCCAAAUACUGUUUGUUGGUUUCAUUUAAAUUAAAAUAAUUCGUAAGUACUGUGUGUUGUGUCAUACUGUUGUAUAAAUGUAAUUCUACACAAACAGUUUCUUUGUAAUGUCAGACACACACAUUUAACAAAUUUUUUUUUACUGAAAUUGCCCUAGUUAUGCAUUUAUAAGGAUUGUCAAUUGUACUUUAUUUUUUAAUUACAUUCUUUGUACA